GUGGAUAUACAACUGGAACGCCUCCAAGCUCAACGCCAAGUGCUCUUAUCUCCUCGCACCAAAAAGGAAGGCUUUCUAUUUUCCCACAAGGCUCUCGUCUCGCCAAUCCGCUCGCUCUCCACAGAGACGCUACAAGAAAUCUUCGUUCCUUCUCACCCUGACGACCAUAACGCAGUCAUGCUAUCGAAGCAGUCGUCGCUGCUCCUGACCCACGUGAGGACCUAG